AUGCGAGCGGCCGAGGCGCUGGCUACCAUCGCGGAGACCACCUUAAAGAGCCUGGCGGGCGUGAGGGACGGCGCCGGCCCGCCCAAGCAGAACGGCACCCUGGACACGGUGUGUAGACCGGCCGCAUCGAGCAGCAAGACCCCGCAGGUUGAGCGGAUGGAAAGGAUGGAGCUGAUGGCUGCCCUGCCGGAUCCGGCGCCGCCGCUGAAGGCAGCUGACUUCCCACCCUUGGAGAACACUGGAGCUCCCUUCAAGGUUGCGGUCUUCUCGGCCCGUGAGCACGACAUCGAGGAGUUCCAGCAGGCCAAUGAGGAUUUCGGGGGGAACUUCACCUUCUGCUUCCACAGCGCGCAGCUGUGUUUGGACACCGUGGACUUGGUGCGAGGUGCGGAUGCUGUGUGCAUCUUCGUGCACGAUGACUGCUCGGCUCCGGUCUUGCAGCUCUUGAGGGAGGGGGGCGUGAAGAUGGUGGCGCUCCGCUGCGCGGGUUUCAACAACGUGGACCUGGAGGCUGCAGCGCGGCUAGGCGUGGCAGUGGCGCGCGUCCCGGCGUACAGCACCUGCGCAGUGGCGGAGCACGCGGCGGCCUUGGUGGCCUCCGUGGUGCGCUGCAUCCCCCAGGCGGUGGAGAACACCAGGCGCUGCAACUUUGCGCUCAACGGCUUGCUGGGCUUCGACAUGAUCGGCAAGACGGUGGGUAUCAUUGGCACUGGCCUCACUGGGAGCAUCUCUGCGCGGAUCUUCAAACAAGGCUACGGCUGUGAGGUCAUCGCCAAUGAUGUGGUGGAGAACCCCAAAGUCAAGGACGCAGCUCCAGAUGGCUUGGGCAUCGCCUAUGUGUCGCAAGAGGAGAUCUUCUCUCGGAGCGAUAUCAUUCUUCUGCAUGCGCCCCUCUUGCGAGAGACGCACAAGAUCAUCAACGCAGAGGCGAUUCAGAAGAUGAAGCGGGGUGUGAUCAUUGUGAACACCUCUCGCGGAGGCCUCAUCGACACCAAAGCUCUCAUCCAGGGCCUACAGGAAGGCAUCGUGGGCGGAGCUGGUUUGGAUGUGCUGGCGGAGGAGGAGGAGUACUUCUUCCACAACUGGAGCAACAAAGUGCUCCUCAAUGACGAGCUCAGCGUCUUGAGCUGCUUCAACAACGUGGUCAUCACUGCCCACCAGGCCUUCUUCACCAGGGAGGCCUUGCUGAGCAUCUGCCACACGACGCUCAGCAACCUCAACGCUGCGCGGAACGGCCUGGAGCCUCCCAUGCAGCGGGGCAAGUAUCCCACCCUGCUGACGAAGUGA